AUGCCCUCAGCUAGAGUCCGAGAGGCCUCGAGCAGCACCGACAACACCGAUACUGUUAAAACAUCUAAGAAGUCAAUGACCCAAGUGGAUCUGACGGCGGUGAAGAAAGCAGCUAGCCUUAUUGAUGAGAAACAAAGAACCAAAGACGGAAGCAAGGACAUGCUAAGAAUGAUAUGCCAGUACCUGGAAAAGACCUUGUUAGAGGUUAAAGGACUAAAAGAAACCCUCAGCAAACAGGAAAGAAUGAUUAAGGAACAAUCCGAAAUGAUCCGAGAACAGGGUGCCUCAAUUAAGGAGCUACAGGCCCAGCUGGAGGCAACUCAAAGCCAAAAUACGGAAGAAUGCGAACAACUCCAGAAACAGAUAGAGACCAUCUCAUACGCAGGGGUGGUUGGCAGCCAACCUCAUCACCAACAAGAUGCACCACUAGGCCCGCCAGGGUCGCUGACAUCGACCAGUACACUAUUUUGCACAAUCGACACAUCCCGCGUAGGAGAAGAAGGUAAAGCGAAAGUCCAGAUAGCUGAUAUCAGACAACGAAUUGAGAAAGAGAUGCGAGGGAGUGAACAAACCAAAAAUUGGCGCUGCGCGGCAAUGAUCAAGGACCACAAAAACGCGGACCGAGUCAAAGUGAUUUGCAGAAACGAAGAGGAGAUCCAGCAGGUUAAAGAAGCGGCCCAAAAGAUUGAUAUACCGGGAUUGAGAGUCCUACGAGACCAGCUGUACCCAGUUAAAAUCGACAAUGCCAACCGGACUGCAGUCCUAGAUACAGAUGGGAAUAUUCUGGUAGGAGCAGCGGAAGCUCUAGGAAAAGAGAACAACGUCAGCAUUGCUAAGAUCUCUUGGCUCAGCAAAAAAGACUCCAACAAAGCGUACGGAUCUAUGGUGGUGUACACCACCAAAGCAACGGAAGCGAGACGCCUAAUAGAAGGCAAUUACUUUGAUAUAGCAGGAGAAUCCGCAUACACGAGAAUUUUCGAACCACAAACAGGACCAGCACAAUGUUUCAACUGUCAAGAGAUUGGCCACAAGGCCUUUGCGUGCAAGAAGAGUCAGACCUGCGCUAAGUGUGCAGGGAAAGGACAUCACCACAGCACGUGCCAAGCCGUGGUCCUAAAGUGUGUUCCUUGCGGAGGUCCCCAUGAGUCAUUCAGCAAAAACUGCCGAGUACGCCUCAUACAAUCUUAUGCAUAA